CUGAUAACUAGGUAAACAACGCUUCACAACGCUCGCGCUUUCUCUCUCUCUCUCUUUGUGAACACGUCAGACCAGCAACAUGGCUCAGCUCUCUCCGUCAGCAAUCUUUUCGCCCUCUGUGGCCCGACAACAACAAGCCGCAGCCAAAGACUGGAACUACAUCGACAACUGGCUCUCGACCAAAUUCAACGGCAAAACACCUCCGCCAUUCGAGCGCAACAGCGAAACUCUCAAAGCACUCCUCAGCCUCGCAGCUCUCAACGACACUGCAGACGAAGAGCGCGAUCUGCUUGCUCGAGUCGAGGCCAAAGCUUUACAAGACCUGCAAGCAAAGGAGGAGGCAGACCCACAUACAGAGCUCCUUGCUUCCCUGGAGGAGUAUGUGACCCGGGAAGGGAUAACGAGUCUUGAUGCCCUGUCUUCACUCAGUGUGGCUCUCAAUCAGCCCAUUCCGUCAAUUGAGAAGCUUGGACGUAGUAUUCUUGAUCUGCAAGUUGCUUCCGACGACCUCGACCAAGCAAGUGAGCGGGUCUCGGUUCUGGAAUCACAUCUGAUCAGCGAGCUGGAGAGUAUCAAUGCACUCAUCAAGGAUUUGCAGAGCGAUGACUACCAAUCUUCUUCAGAGGUCACGAAGCAGACGAUCGAUUAUCAGAGGAGAGCCAAAGCAUUGUCGGCUAAGUUACCAGAGUUGAGAGACCGCGGGGCAUCGACUUCUGCACCUUCUGGGAAUUCGAAGAUUACCAUACAGGAUGUGAAAUUGGAAGAAGACAAGUUCAAGCGCAUGAUGGAGAUUGUAAAGGGAUUGGAGUCACAGGUAAAGAGCUACCACGGUCUACCGCAGGACACGGACUUGGCCCGGCUGGAACUAGAAAGUCUCAGGGUCGAAUUACGUGAUCUUACGCUGCAAAGAGACAGCAUGUUUGAGGGACUAGUGGAAAGAGAAAGUCCCAAAAAGACCAGAUAGUGAAGAAGCUAUCUACAUUGAAAAUAUUUGUCGUAGGAGCUGAAGUAACAGCCUUAAGAGGUGGCCUGCCUCAUCUCUUAGGUCGAGUGCCUGCCACUGCUCCUCCCAAUCGUCCAAAUUUCCCUAAACUCGAUUUUGAUUUGUUUGUUGCUGGCUGAGCGCCAGCUGGAGCAACUGCCGUAUCCUUCACUGGCAGAGGCGGCCCUUGUAGUCGAGCCAGAUCUUUAAAUGCCCGUGCAUCCAACCCUUCUCCAGCUCGAGGAUCAGCCAUCAUGCCAAGUCCAUCGUCGAAGUCUCCGCCUGGUCUCUUUGCUCUUCUUGCACGGUCUUGAACACUCUUGAACUUCUCCAACAGCUCGUUCCAUCGAAUACCACCCUCAUCUCUACCCUUCAAACGACUUGACCUAUCAAAGCUUGACGAACUAGCAUUUGUUGGUGCGCUAAAUGCGGACGUAUGAGUCUCACUGCUUUUCUGACGUUGAUGAUAUUGGAAAGUAGAAAUAGUGUCCACCACACUGUUAUUACGAGAUUGAGGUACGUACGCUCGGGGGGCAAUGUGCAAGUAGCCAAUAGCACUCACACUAUUCAGUCGAUUCUUUAGUGCUGCGAAUGCUGAUGAUUGGGGAAGGAGCAUGAGAAGGCCAUAAAGGCACUUGUAGAGGUGAGGAUGUUUCUCUGGUUCUAAUAAUUGUAGGCGGAGAUCUAAAGCAGUAAUUAGCAGGCAGCCCAUGGAAACAGCUCAGGACCUACAAGUGAAAACGGGAGACUCUAGAAGCUGAACAAGCUUGUCUAUCUGAAUGAGCAUGUUGACAGUCAUCUCGAGUUCCGCACUAAAAUGGGUCAGCACGAAAUAAACGACUGGAAGGAACGUAGCGUACAAGAUCUGGAGCAGGUUGUAAGCCUGCUCAUAUGCCUGGGCAAGAAGGCACAAGGAAAAUGUUGCGACGGCAUUGUAGCACCAAGAUCUAAACAAGGCGACGAAGAACGUUUGUCCAUCCU